AUGACUCGAGAUCGGUUGGCCGAGCUCAGAGUUCGGUAUCAAGUGGCGAAUGGUGUCGCGAGCAAGGGCGAGCCAGCAGAAAAUGUCGAAAUAUUGGAUUCAUUUCUAGAUAAAGUCAACAGCACCGCCAAGCUGGUUGAUGAAAUUUCGAUGACCUCAUCUCGCCUGGAUGAAUAUAUGCGAAAUGUUAAAAAUCUCUCUCUCCGUGUUGGCAAAGAGUUGAAAGCUUUGGAGGAAAGCGCCAAGACCGACCAUCUUCUGCCCUCAACCGGCAUCGACCGCAUAAAGGCCUAUCAACAUUCCGCCCUUCUAAAGAAAUUCCAAACUGUCAUGAAGGAUUAUAAUCGCAGUCAACUGGAGUACCGCGACAAGUGCAAAUCGCGGAUAAAACUGCAGCUUCAAGUAGCCGGUGCGGACGUUAAUGAUGAAAAGGUUGAAGACAUGCUUGAAUCCACCAAUCCCUGUGUUUUUACCGAUGCUGUGCUGGAACAAACCACUGCGGCGAAGAAAUCUCUUAUUGAAAUAGAGGCCCGUCACGCGGAUAUCAUCAAGUUGGAAAAAAGUAUUGAGGAGAUGAGGGAAAUGUUUGCACAGAUUGCUCUACUCGUCGACCAACAGGGUGACUUGAUUGAUAACAUCGAGCACAAUGUUGGCAUGGCGGUUGAUAGAGUGGAGGCUGCUAAGGCUUCUGUUGAAAAGGCUGUGAAGACGCAGAAAAGUGCGAGAAAGAAAAAAAUAAUCUGCUACAUCAUCCUCGGUGUCCUCAUUCUCAUUCUGAUCACCACCGUAGCUAGUCUCCUCGGUCUGACCUGA